AUGGACUCGCUUCUGGCGGCAAUAGCAAGCCUGCGCGAGAACCCGGGAGCGAGGGGGGUGCAGACCGAUAACGUUAUCCUACAGGACCGGGCUCAGGGGCUGACCACGGUUGUCCUGCGGCGCAGAGAGGCCUUAGAGUCGAAGGUUAAGAGUCUCAAGUCUCAGACACCAGAUGCACUGGGAUCGCCAGACCCAGCUGACCAGCUUGUGAUGGCGCCACACAAUGGCCUUAUACUCAUCAGGAACAGAUUCAACAUUAUGGAUGUACAUCUACUCCUCUGCGCUGCAGAAUUCGUCCAUCAACUACAGCCUCUGGUGCUGAGUGACAUGGAAGUAGUGCAGCCUCUUCUAGGGCGCGGAAUUUUGGCUGCGUACAAUGCCGGCAAGCUAUCAGGGGCCAGUCAGCCCCGCAAACACAUCCAAUUGAUAGGGCUUCCUUUCCUCUCCAAGAAUGAGUGGAAUGUCUUUCCACUGAGGGCCCUUGUAGAACGUGAGCUUUCAGACCCAGAUAGAUGUGAUGAACCAGCUCAACUUUCCGUGUUUGCUGGGCGGAACCACGGGGUGAUUCGCUUCAAAAGACCUCCAUCACCAGCGAAGCUAUAUGCGCAUUACACCAAGCUCCUAGAAUAUUGCAAUGCUGGUGAUCUUAUCACCGUCAACAAGCACGAACUCGGCCUAGGCUUCGACAGGCCCUCGGCCAGUGCGCCUGAAGAUGCUAGUGAUGAGUGCAUGGUACAGGUUUAUCGCCGCGAUUUUUCAUUGCUCAUUGCUGAGGAGUUCAUCUUCAUAGGUGUGCGCGAAACUGAAAAGCCCUUUGAAAUAGGGUGUAACAGCAUAAGCUACACAGGAAACCUGUUUGUUAGCAGUGAUGAUCAGGAGCGGACAGUCGCUGAGGUGGGGCCGUUUGCUGUGCUGGCUGCGGGUCUGGAAGAACUUCCGCCUAAAAAAUAA